CGUGCGUCUGUUGAUCAUAUCUGCAAGAAAAAACGAAAAUUUUCAUGCAUGUACAAAUUUAUCAGUCUUUUAAUAUCAGCUUACAAUCAAAAUACACUAAAGUAUAUGUUUUAAAUUUCUACCACUGCAUUUGUUGAUUAAUUUGAAAAGAUUUUAGAUUAAGAUCAUCAUUGAAGAUUCAUUUUCGAUUGAUUAAAAUGACCAAGAUAGUGAUCGCGGGCAAAUCCGACUGUCCCUAUUUCGCCAAAGCAGAGUUACUUGCAGAUGAUCUCCAAAUUAAUUUACCACACUUUUCAGCCCACAAAGUUAGCGUCCAUCCAGAAAGUUGGCAGGAUUGGGUGUUGAGGACUAAGGAGCAGCACGGGUGGACAGACAAGCACGAUGGCUCCUCCCCUCUUGUGUGGAGGGAGUUGAUUGACAGAGGAGGCAAGGGAAUGCUGCUGGGAGGAUCAAACGACUUCGAGGAGUAUGUGUAUCAAACUUACGGUCUGCGACUGGACCUCGGCACUAGCGACGUCGUCAAAACAGCCGAGGAGAAUCUGCAGUACAAACAGACAGAGCUGAAAGAAGAGGCGGAGAGAAGAGCCCAAAUCAAACCCCUCAUCUGCACAAUAACAGAGGGCACAUCCCCCAUUGCUACUUGUUUAUACCCCCACCUGAUUAAUGGAUCCACUUUUGGAAAAGAGCAGGAUGUGGCUCUUCGGGUUAUGGACUCUGAAGAAAAGAAGUCUAUGGGCGAUGGAGUAAUUAUGGAACUGGAGGAUAUAGCUUCUGGUUUGUGUCGGGAAAGUAAGUUUGUCUCCAGUCGUUCGGAGGCAUUUGCAGAUGCAGACAUAGUCGUGUUGCUCGACAGCAUUUUUGCAGAUGAGUCAAUUGAAGAUGAAACAGAACGAAAGCACAACCAUCUUUCCCACGUCAAAUCCCACUUCGAGACUUUGGGACAAGAGAUUAAACAACAUGCAAAAAGGACUUGCAAGGUGUUGGUGUGUGGACAGGGGGUGCCCCUCAAUUACGCCACUUCUGUCCUGAUUGACAACUGUUGCCCCUCCCUCCUCUCCCAGAACAUAGUGGGCAUGGCUAACUUCAAGGAGAAGACUGCUAAGGCACUUCUAGGUGGAAAGAUGGGCGUGAACGGAUCUACAGUUCACGAUGUGUUCCUGUGGGGAAACUUGAGUGGGAGUUACAAAGUGGACACCAAGUGGUCGAGGGUGUCCAGACUGAGACAGACCUCCAUCACUGGACCCUCCUGGUUCUGCAGACCCACCUCCGAGCUCAUCUACGAUCACAAAUGGCUGGAGGGUGAGUUUCUGUCUAAAAUGGAGACUAGAAAUGAGGAGUUGAAGAGUGUGCUGAAACACAUGCCCUGGAUGAAGAUGGCCGCUGCCGUGCAGGAGACUCUGGCUGCUUGGUUCCUAGGAUCCGAGCCUACCUUCAGACACAAUCUGGCCACAUACCUCAAAGAACCACUCUACGGGUUUGAAGAAGGUUCAGUUGUCUGUCUCCCUGUCAAGUUCUUCCCCGGUUCCUUUGAGAUCGUGCAGGACCUCGACGUCACUGAGUCAGCCAAAGCCUCCAAGAACCUGGCAGCAUCUCCAAGUGAGGACAGCGAGGAGGCGGAUGAGUCAGACGGGCGAAUAGAGUGGCUGGAGUUUGUGUCGAAAGUGUCAGAGGAGUUGCGGGAGGAGAAAGAGUUGGCGGUUGGGAUGCCAGUGGUAGAGAAGGUCGAGAAGGAGAAGACGGAGUUGGACCAGACUGAGGUGGAUGGGGAAGCUCUGGAUGAGACUGUGGCUGAUGAUACUGUCGUUAUAG